AUGGACUCAUUGAACCACUUCAUCCUCAAAGAAGCACCCCCUCUAGAUCCUGCCUGGCUCACCUUCGAGGAAGAAGCAGGUCUCAAGGCCCCGAAGAAACUUUACAGCUCACCUCUUGAUCGCCAGCCCGUUUACGCGGAAGAAUGUAGACAGCUGAACGCCCGUAUGCUCAGCCCCGAGGGGCCAUAUCAUCAUCUCUCGCACUUCUCGACGCAGAAAAUGACCACCUCGUCAAGCCUCGACGGCUUCGCCAUCCCGAUUCUCCGCUUCUUCGACGAUAGCCUCGACUCGACGUCCAAAAACGAUGGGUUCGUAGUGGUCUACUACCAUGGCGGCGGACUGCGAAUCGUCAACGACUUUGCAGGUGCGACGGUGUAUUCCGUGGGAUAUAGGCUCAUGCCGACCUUUUCUGCGUCGACCUGCGUAUCUGACUCGCUUGACGCCUUCACCCACGUCCGCUCCCGCCACUCGUCCGCGAAGCUCGUACUCUUCGGCUCCUCGAGCGGUGGGCAGCUCGCGACCACCGUCUCGCAACUCGCGCCACGUGGUAGCUUCCACGGCGUCGUGCUCCGGUGUCCCGUGACCAGCGACGGCGGCGGCUCUCUGGACUUCGUCCCGGAAUAUCUUCGGCAUGCGUAUACCUCCGCCUCGCCAUCUUUCACGAGUACUUUGGGGAAUGUAUUCCGGCGGGUUUCGCCGAGAGACGGGCUGGAGACGCUGCCGCUCGAAGCCAAACCGGAGGAACUGAGGGGAAUGCCGAGGACAUGGGUACAGGUGUGCAGUAAUGAUACGCUGUACUCGGACGGGGUUUGCUAUGCGAUGGCGCUGACGGAGGCCGGGGUUGAGGUCCGGGUUGAGGUUGUGACAGGAUGGCCGCAUACGUUCUGGCUGAAGGCGCCCGGGUUGAGGAGGGCGAUUGAGGCGGAGGAGGAGAUGGUGGAAGGGUUGAGGUGGGUUUUGGAGGGUUAG